AUGCAUCGCGCCCGCGCAAUCCGCCGCAGCAAUCGACGACUUCCAGGGACGUGCCGCUGCUGCCGCUGCUGCCGCUGCUGCUGCUGCCGCUGCUGCCGAUCAAUCGAUCGAUCGUUCAUGAAACGGUGCGGUGCUGUCCUGUACACUCAGUGGACACGGUGCGCCGAUAACCUGGCCUUCGCGCGCCGGAACGCACGCUGCACUACGCUUCCGCGGCUACCAGGGUUGGAACCGAGUCUCGUGGGUCUCCGCCGAGUCGCACUCGACUUUACUGGUAUUCCGUUGAGCGUUCCAGACGCCUUGUGCGUUAAACGUCUGGGACGGGCGGGACACCUCGCAGGUUACUUUCCGCGAAAGCCGGCCUUGACGACGCCCUCGACCGAACGCGCGCUGUGCCCGGACUUGUACGACAUGAAGCGAAUAACGCGGCUUUUUGAGAACCGGUCUCGCCAGUUUUCACCUGCACGGGCGCGUUUACUCUUGCAAGGGGCACGCGCGCGCCUAGCUCUGCGCAAAAACCGGUUGCGUCAAAGCAUAAUCACUGCCGAAAGGGAAGUUGCUGCACUCCUGGCACCCGAGAGCGAGCUCAACGGUGCUGCGUUCGCAUCGGCCGGUGCGCGGCAAGCAGGGCGUGCCGAACUGGCGCGCGUUCGUGUGGAGCACCUCUACCACCAGCUGGAGCUCGAGGAGGCGCUGCACUUGCUCUUGCUCUUCACGGAGCUUUUGCAGGCCCGCUUCAACUUGAUUGAGCAAUGUUUUCGGAUUUAUGAGCGAGAUCCCCGGAAAAGUGUCGUGCCAAUUCCGCUCGAGAUUCGAGAAGCCGUCAACAGUAUCAUCUAUGCCUGUUACUCGUUCGCGGGAACGCGCAUUGCCCCUCCUGACGCCGCCACUGGGCCGCUAACCGGCACAGUGACGGAGCUCGAUGAAGUCGGUCACAUAUUCGUGAGGCUGUUUGGGGGCCCCGAUUUCGCGUUGUUCAUUUUUGAGCGUCCGCAUGCGAGCGGUGUAAAUUUGAAUCUGAUUGGGUUAUUGGAAUGGAGGAUUCCCCCCAGAGAGGUUAUUGUACGGGAAAUGAAGCGCAUAGCCGAGCACUAUGAGUUACAAUGGGAACCUUCCAUGGAUCUCUUUGAUAGCGAGAAUGGUGCAGAGAUUGCGGCUCGGACGGAUGUUUUCGCGGAUCGCCUGCAAGAGCGAUCGUAUCCGGGGCCACAGAGCGCCAUGGCCGAGGAGCUCGAUCUCAUGCAACGAUUAGACCGACUCCGAGACCUUCGGAUCUGA